GCGGUGCAUGGAAACGGGUGAUGGAUCGCUGGGCGGGCGUUAACGGGAUGGAGCUGUGAGCUGGGUCCGGCUCGUCCCGUUGAUCGGCUGUUGACUGAGCGCAGCACCGAUGUUUGACCAUUCGGUGUGCCGAUGAGGUGGGCGGGCCUCGGCGCCUGGCUUCUCAUGUUGGGUGUUGAUCCUUGAGUGAAGGUGGCCGUCGGCUCCGGCUCUCCCUGUUCCAGCGUCCGCCGCCUCCCGGCUUCCCGCUCACCAUGUCCGGGAAACACUUCAAAGGGCCCGAAGUUAGUUGCUGCGUUAAAUACGUGCUGUUCGGCUUCAACAUCGUGUUCUGGUUGCUGGGAGCUGCAUUUCUAGGAAUAGGCCUCUGGGCUUGGGCUGAGAAGGGUGUGCUUUCUAACAUCUCUUCUAUCACAGACCUGGGAGGAUUUGACCCAGUCUGGUUGUUCAUUGUUGUCGGUGGAGUAAUGUUCAUUCUUGGAUUUGCUGGCUGUAUUGGUGCACUGCGUGAGAACACUUUCCUAUUGAAAUUUUUUUCAGUAUUUCUGGGUCUAAUUUUCUUCUUGGAGUUGACAACUGGGAUACUAGCAUUUGUCUUCAAGGACUGGAUCAAGGACCAGCUCAAUUUAUUUAUCAACAAAAAUGUUCAAGCUUAUAGGGAUGACAUAGAUCUUCAAAACCUCAUUGAUUUUGCACAAGAAUAUUGGUUGUGCUGUGGUGCUCGAGGACCCAUCGACUGGGACCUAAAUAUUUACUUUAACUGUACAGAUUUCAACCCAAGCAGAGAGCGAUGUGGUGUUCCAUUCUCUUGCUGUAUAAAAGACCCUGCGGAGGAUGUCAUUAACACACAGUGUGGAUAUGAUGUCAGGUUGAAAAUGGAAAUAGAUCAACAAGAUUAUAUUUAUACCAAAGGAUGUGUUGGGCAGUUUGAGAAGUGGCUGCAGGAAAACUUAAUUGUGGUUGCUGGAAUCUUCAUUGCUAUUGCUUUAUUGCAGAUAUUUGGAAUUUGCCUGGCACAGAAUCUGGUCACUGAUAUUAAAGCUGUCAAAGCCAAUUGUCUCCCAAGACUGCAAAGUGAUGAAUCUACAAACGCCUUUUGGUCUGCUGCUACUUUGAACAACUGAUCUUUUAAAUCGCAAGAAAACUUCUUGUUGCUGCCACUAGAAGUUUUCAGUUUUGGUAUAUAAGGCCAGAAUUUGGUUAAGCUAUGACUAUUUUCUAAAUUUCUCCUGAGUAAAUGUUGGAAAGCUAAAUCUGUUUAAAAAGCUUGGGGGUGUGUGGGGGGUGGUUGUUGGUGUGGGCAGGUGUUGAAGAAGUAUUAAUAGGGCAUGAAGAAAAUGUGUGUCUUUGACUAUUUUGCUGUUGUUUUAUUCCUUUAUGCAUGAAAGUUAAUGUUUUUAUCCAUCAAACUAUUCAUGCACAUUGGUCACAACGUGUUUAAGAUAACUAUCGCCUCCAUGCACCUAACAUCUUCAGUAUAAAUUUAAAACCUAGCCAGAUUUGGCAUUAAUACAGGAAAUUUGCCCUGUCUGCUGUUUUUUGACAAAGGAAAUUGAGUAAUUUGGGUGUACCUCAACCUCCUGUAAAUCAUUUGUAUAUGCAUUUCCUCAAUCCUUUGUGCUGAGAGUUAAAAUAAUGUUAUGCCAUUGCUGUUGUUUCAGCAUGUUUAUAAGGUCUUUAGAUCAUAUUUGUAUAUCAUAUUUGUUUUGCUUUCACAUGAUCAGUCCCAUUGCAUCCUAUGUUUAAGGAUAAUUUCUACAUUGUUUGGUGAUACACAUUUCAGUCAUUAUGCAGUCCAGUAAAGAAAUUAAAUCCAAUUAACUUAGUCUAAAUGUAAAUACAAUAUUUCAAAAAACACUUUGAUACAUGAUUUUACUUUGCUAUAAAUUAUUAUUCUGACAUGAAGUAAAAAAUGCACUGUUGCAUCCACCAUACAUUUCCUGUUGUUAUUUAAGAUUUGUUUAAAGCUUGUUAUAGCUGACUUCUAAAAUUAGUCAUGUAAAUUCAUAUUAAAUUUUUUCAAGAAUAGUAGUGUUAGGCAUUAUAAGUGGAAAUACAUUUUUGCCAAUGCAUUUCAGUUUUUGAACCGAGUUGUGUCAUUUUUAAGGUAUUUCUACUUUACAACCACUGUUUAAAAGGCUUUUUAUGAUGGUAAAUGUUCAGUUUUGUAUGCAUCACAGCAAUAUUGCAAGAAAUCUGUGGUGCUGGACUACCACAAAGUCAGACCAAAAACAUUCUCCUUGCUAUUCUGUGGCAAAAUAUUGCCAUUACUCUUUUGCAAGAUUAGUCCACAUACUUGCACUUUUCACAAUCAUCGUAGAAUGUAAUCUGACUGGAUGUUAAUAGUGUUAAUGCAGUUUGGUAGAGCUGCCUCAGAGUUCCAUUGGAAUAUUGCAUAGCUGCAUUUCUAAGCAGCAAACUGCUAUAUGCAGUCUGUUUUUUCUCUACAAACUUGUUUUCAUUGUACAUUCUAAUUGGUACGAGUCAAAAAAUUGGUAGUCUGAGUGAACCCAGUUUAUCAUGGCCUUAGAAUGGUAGUUUUUUAUGUGUGCCACUUUGGGAUAAUGAAAUGUUUUCAUAACUAGCAGAGGACUUUGUAAACUUCGGUUCAGUUGUAGUCAGUAAACAGAAUCCAAUGCAGUUGUAAUCUUUUUAUUGCUAUUUGCUUUGGGCAUUUCCAUGUGAUGUACAAUAAUUAAACAUUUUGCUCAAAGUGAUGGCUCAAUUUUGAUGCUUUUAGAAAAUUUCUAAUAAUUUGGUCAUACUACAAGAUUUUGGUCUGUUCUCUCACAGAAAUUAAUUCUGUAACCAAUGUUCAUGUUGUCCGUUCUUAUUUUGUGUGAAGCGUCUGGAUAAAUUGUUCCAAAGUUUGUCUGGUUUGAGUAGAUCCCAAAGUGUGAUUUACAAAAAAGCUGUGUUAUGUUGUUUUUGCACAGUAUUAAAGUUUCAGAAAAUCAUAGUUGUAAACAUGCAUUGUACAUUAUUUGUGUGAUCAUUGAGAUUUCAGGAUUACAAUAAAGUGGUCAUAAUUUACUUUGUCUUAUUGGC